GAGGGGAGGAAGAAGGGCCGACGCUCUGUGCGCCAGCGCAACAACAAGAGGGUCCAGGAGUUCACGGACACGCCCCGGCUGAGGAAGAGGCUCGAGAUCCGCUUCGGGCGGGAGGACUGGGACAGCCUGCUGCGGCUGUUCCAGCUCGUGCCCGGGCCCGCCCAGGAUCCCGAG